CCAGUCCCAACAAUUGAUCUGUCCACUCCAGCACCAUGAGUAGCGUGGUAGCGUCGACCGAGCGCCUGAACACAGCGGACCUGCGCAAGAAGAAGGACCUGGACGAAGCACGGAAGAAUGGCACGCUUCCUCCCGAGAAGGACGCGGAUGGGAACCUCAUCAACCCGCACAACCCAGACUACAUUUCGAAGCGACCAUGGUACUUGGGGGAGUCCGGGUCGUCGUUGACGCAUCAAAUCAACCCAAAGAAGAACCAAGUGUUGUCCAUGGCUGAUGCCGAUUCCCUUAACAUCCGUGCACUGAAGCAAACUCUGCAUCGCAAGAAGUUCACCAAGGGCGCAUGCACUAACUGUGGCGCGACGACACAUAAGGCCGUGGAAUGCGUCGAGCGGCCGCGCAAGGUGGGUGCGUGGAAGUCCAACAAGAACUUGGCCGCAGACGAAGUGAUCGUGGAUGUGCGGUCCGGGCGGUACGGGAAGCUCACGUUCGACGCGAAGCGGGAUGCAUGGCUCGGGUACAACGCGGACGAGCACCAAGCGACGGUCGAUCGGUUUGAAAAGAUGGAGCAGGUGCGUAAAACCAAGCGCAUCCAGGAAAUGAACAAGGACGGCACGACGGCGCACCACGACGGCGACUCGGGGGCGGAUUCCGACUCGGAUGGCGGCGGCGACGACGACGAGUUCUCGGACGAAGAGGAGUUUGUCGACAAGGACGGCGGCCGGGUCAUCGCCAAGCGCGUGUCGCGGCAGGGCGGUGUCGGGGGCGCGCAGAUGAUGAUCACAGCGCGGAACUUGCGUAUCCGAGAGGACACGGCCAAGUACUUGCGCAACUUGAACCCGAACUCGGCCUUCUACGACCCCAAGACCCGCUCCAUGCGCGACAACCCGAACCCAGACCUGAACGUGGACGAAGCGACGUUCCAGGGCGACAACUUUGUGCGGCACUCGGGGGACGCGGUCAAGCUGGCCAAGACGCAGCUGUUUGCGUGGGAGGCGGCCGAGAAGGGGGUGAUCCAAGACGGCGAACUGCAUCCGCAGGCCACGCCGUCCGCGGCCGAGUUUAUGCGGCAGCAGUACGAAGCAAAGAAGAUCAAGUUGCAGCAUGACAAACGCACAGCGAUGCUGGAAAAGUACGGAGAACAGACGCCGGCCCCGCCCAAGGAACUGCUCCUGGCGGCGUCGGAAGCGUACGUUGAAUAUGCGCGCGACGGGCGAGUGGUGAAAGGGAUGGAAAAGGGCGUGGCCAAGAGCAAGUACGUGGAAGACGUGCAUGAGAACAACCACGUGCAUGUGUGGGGCAGUUGGUACGACAAGCGCGCGCGGGCGUGGGGGUUUGCAUGCUGCCGCUCCACCGUCCGGAAGAGCUACUGCACGGGCGAGGCGGGCAAGGCGGCGGCCGCCAGGGCCAGCGACGAAGCGCUAGAAGAGUCGGCGCCGGUGGUGGCCCGGGAAGCGUUGCCGCUGGCCGCGUCGGGGGAUCAACCGGCGCUGGUGCUGUCGUCCCGCACCGAACUGUACGGCGAUGCCAAGGACGCACCAACACUCGACCCUGUCAAGCUGAAAGAAGCGGAGAAGAAGCUCAAGAAGCAGCAGCAGAAAAAGGACGGAGGAAGCAAGCGCAAGUACGAGUCGAUGCAGGACGACGGCGUGGACGCCGAGACGAUGGAGGUGUACCGCCGUAACAAAACCAAGCGGGACGACCCCAUGGCGCACUUCCUGCAAGGCGACGACCUCUUGCCGCACGAGUAGAAGAGGAUUAAUGUGAACAUGCCAGCAUAAAGAUGGGGGGCUUUUAGUUAGCCGUUCAGUACAAUAUCGAAUCUGGAAUCGCUAUUGGCU